AUGGUCCUCCACAAUCCCAACAACUGGCACUGGGUGAUGAAAGAUGCUGGGCAGUGGGCAAAGGACUAUCUAGACACGGAAUGCAAAAAGCUUUCGGCAGAAGAGGAUGGGGUGACCGCACAGAUCACGAAACUGGUGUCGAUGGACGGGGAUGUGGAGGUGAGCCAGAGAAAAGGCAAAGUCAUAACAAUUUUCGACGUGGUCCUACAAUUGGAAUACGAAGGCAAGACAGCAGACGGCACAGAUGUCAGUGGUAGCAUCCGGGUCCCGGAGUGCGCGUACGACACGGAGCCAGACGAGUACGUUUUUGAGAUAGACAUUUACUCCGAAAAGAAAGAAAAGCAACCGGUCAAAGACCUGGUGCGCACGAAACUUACACCCGAACUUCGGAAAGUUUUCUCUACUCUCGGGCCUUCCUUGAUUAAAGAGCAUGGAAAGGAUCUACAACAUACAUCCACCUCGAAUCCUUCGAGCGGUGUUGCAACGCCUACAUGGCACCCUGAAAGAGAACGGACACCUACCUCCACCUCCGCCACAACCACUACAACUACCGGCACAUCCUCUGUCAACACAACCACAGUGACAGCUACGGAUGAGUUCAGGACAACUGCAGAAGAAAUGUAUCAAACAUUCACCGAUCCUCAGCGCCUUGCUGCAUUUACACGAGCCCCGCCACGAGUAUUUGAGGGAGCCAAGCCAGGUGGAAAAUUUGCCAUCUUCGACGGCAACGUGUCGGGAGAAUUCGUCACAUUGGAGCCUCCGAAGAAAAUCGUACAAAAAUGGAGGUUAGCACAAUGGCCCGAAGGACAUACAAGUACACAAGAGAUCUUCUUUGACCAGAACGAUGUCGACCGAGUGACCAAUAUGCGAGUGACAUGGACUGGAGUACCGGUCGGACAAGAAGAGGUGGUGCAGAGGAAUUGGGAAGGUUAUUACGUUCGCAGUAUCAAGCAGACCUUUGGCUUUGGCACCAUUCUAUAG